UUCCGGUGCGCACACUGCCGUUCGUGCGACCCACCAGAAGGAUCCGGAAGGAAACGACGCCACCACGAAAAAGGAGCCGGUGGCAGCUGGGUUCCUGCGCAGAUGCUGGGGCUGUAGGCGCCGGGCGGCCGGCUGGUUGCGGCUCGCAGGGAGGACGCCGGCGCUCGCCUUCCCUCCGCAGCCCCCGCCGCUGCCAUGAUUCCGGUAUCGCUGGUGGUGGUGGUGGUGGGCGGCUGGACUGCCGUCUACCUGACCGACUUGGUGUUGAAGUCAUCUGUGUAUUUUAAACAUUCUUAUGAAGACUGGCUGGAAAACAACGGAUUGAGCAUCUCCCCUUUUCACAUAAGAUGGCAGACUGCUGUUUUCAAUCGUGCCUUUUACAGUUGGGGACGGCGGAAAGCAAGGAUGCUUUACCAGUGGUUCAAUUUUGGAAUGGUGUUUGGUGUAAUUGCCAUGUUCAGCUCUUUUUUUCUUCUGGGGAAAACGCUGAUGCAGACUUUAGGCCAAAUGAUGGCUGACUCUCCCUCUUCUUAUUCUUCCUCCUCUUCCUCCUCUUCUUCCUCCUCCUCCUCUUCCUCCUCUUCCUCUUCUUCCUCCUCCUCUUCGUCCUCUUCCUCUUCCUCACUUCACAACGAACAGGUGCUACAAGUUGUGGUUCCUGGCAUAAAUUUACCCGUCAACCAACUGACCUAUUUCUUCGCUGCAGUCCUCAUUAGUGGUGUUGUACAUGAAAUUGGACAUGGGAUAGCAGCUAUUAGGGAACAAGUUCGAUUUAAUGGCUUUGGGAUUUUUCUCUUCAUUAUUUAUCCUGGAGCAUUUGUUGAUCUGUUCACCACUCAUUUGCAACUUAUAUCACCAGUCCAGCAGCUAAGGAUAUUUUGUGCAGAAAACUCGGAGGUGUAUGCAGAUGCUGUGGAGCUGCACCAGAUUCCUGUGGAGACCUUCCCUGAGGAGACCGUCCCUGUGGAGACCGUCUUUGUGGAGGCCGUCCCUGAGGAGACCGUCUUUGUGGAGGCCGUCCCUGUGGAGACCGUCCCUGAGGAGACCAUGGCGGUUGAGGCAGCCAAGGAGUACGAGGACAUCAGCGGCAGCGGUGUCCAUGAUGGCCAGCACCAUCCGUCUCUGAUCACGCUGCAGCCUUUCAUUAUCAGCACCCCAAACCAAGGGGACUACAACGAGGAAAUGGUCAUGGUGCAGAUGCAGGAGGAGGCGGUGGGCUACUACCAGUCUGACCACCUGCAGGUCAGCAACCUGGAGAACAAGACGGUCAUCCUGGCCGACGAAGACGACUGCAUCCAGGAGACCCUGGCUCCCUUGUCACCCUCCACGUCCUCCUCGGCCUACAGCCACGGCAGGAAGCACAGCGGUAAGAAUAGUUACGCCGGCGGCAAGGCCAGGGCGGGAAGCAGCUCUGAGGUGGGCAGCAAUAAGUGGGAGCAGGAGCAGGUGCACGUUAAAACCCUGGAAGGCGAGUUUGCCGUCCCCAUGUGGUACGCGCCUAGUAAGAGAGACCAUGAGACUGGACAGGCUGAUGAGAGCCCCGCUCUUGGUUAUUCAGAGUACGUGAUGGGGAAGAAGCUGCCUCCUGGAGGGAUUCCUGGCGUUGACCUCUCAGAUCCCAAACAAGUGGCAGAAUUUACUAGAAAGAAGCCCCAGAAAACCAAAGACGAGCUCCCGAGAUCAAUAGCUUGCCUUCACAAAGGCUGCAUGAAGAUGUUCAGGGAUAACUCCGCUUUGAGAAAACAUAUGCACACCCAUGGUCCCAAGGUCCACGUAUGUGCAGAAUGUGGCAGAUCUUUUGUUGAGAGCUCAAAACUGAAACGUCAUCACCUGGUGCAUACGGGAGAGAAGCCCUUUAUGUGCACCUUCGAAGGCUGCGGAAAACGCUUUUCCCUGGAUUUCAAUUUGCGUACCCAUGUGCGAAUCCAUACCGGAGACAGGCCCUUCGUGUGCCCCUUCGAUUGCUGUCAUAAGAAGUUUGCUCAGUCAACUAACCUGAAAUCUCAUAUCUUAACACAUACUAAAAAUAAAAAUUGACAGUAAAAAGGAGAGAAGAAACUUUUCAGGCUCGGAAAGCAUCUUCCAGAAAUGUGAUAAGAAACAAAUAUGCCUUUUUUGUGUGUCCUGUUUCUAGAAAAGAAUCUUUUUAAUGAUUCUAACACAUCUAAGGGUCAGAUUUUGAUAGGUUAGUAAAAGUAAAAUUUAAAAGUUUAAGAAAAGUAAGUUAUAUAAGGUAACAUUGUUAAGAUGUUCUGUCUUGUUCUGUAAUACUGUUUGAAAAACGUUAUGUUUUUGUAAUGUUUGGUCACAAAAGGAGGACAAUUCAUGAAGCUCACAUCAAAAGACUGUUGUUUAUACAACUGUGCUAAAAAUGGGACUUCUU